UCAGGCAGGCGCACGUGCGCGGGGUGGGGGCGGGACUUCCGGAACCCGCGGGACGCUGCGCAGGGCCGCGACCGAUAGAGGCCUGGGUCCUAGAGCUUGCUGAGGAAUUUUGCAGGCAUCGCCGUUCCUCGCUGGACCCAUCGAGUCUACCGCAGGGCCUGGCUGGGGCCCAAGAUCCAGCCCCGCACCGAAAUGGGAAAGAGGACGGACGCAGCUAGCGUCAGGAAAAAUUGCUGCUUGGGGACCCUGCGUUCACUCAGGCCACCAAGUGCUGUGGUUCCCCCUCAGUCUUUCUCGACCUCUGCCUCUGAGAGGCUGCGGGUCGUCACUCAAGCACUCUGCAGUUAAACCGCAAUCUUUCUGGAUCCCUCGUUUCUUAUCUGUAAAAUGGGGUUAGUUUUCCCUAUCACCGGGUUGUUCGGAGGAUCUAAUGAUGUCAUUUAGGAGAGCGUGGUCUAAAGUGUUCUAUCAAGGUAUGGUGGCAUUGCCGUUAUUAGGCAGUAGGGCAGUACACGCUGGGCUCAGGAGCCAAAUUGCCUGGGUUUGAAUCCUGGCUCUUCUCUCUGCUGGAGCUGGGGUGAGGAGUGGGAAAUGUCAUUAUUUAACCUUUCUGGGCUUAAGCGCAUUUUCAAAUGGGGAUAAAAAUAGUACUUGCCUCAUAGAGCUGUUCUGAUGAAAGAAUUAACAUUAUAGGUAAAGCAUUUGGAACAAUGCCUGAUACAGUAAAUAAACACUCAAAUGACAGCUGUUAUUAUUAAAUACUUGUAACUUAUCUAAUCAUCACAUCCCCCUCCCCAUCCAUCCAUCCUGCUCAGUUUACAGAUUAAUCUUACCCCUUCCUCUAUUCAAAGAUUCUUUAACAGGAUUCUGUUAGGCGUGGAAAUUCACCAAGUCUCCCCCCACCCCAAAGGCAGCCCAUUCUGGCCUCAAAUAGUUCGUAUAGUAAGAAAGUUCUCCACAUUGUGUGUAAGUCUUCCUUUGCGUUACUGCCACUUAAGAUGCUACUGCUACCCUUAGAGCCAUAGAGAACAUAUUUACUCCCAUCUUCUGUUCACAGCUUUUUCAGACUAGGAGGCUGUUACCUUGUCUUACUAAAUAAGCACCCCGUGUUCAGUCAGACAUUCAUUAUGUAAUAUAAUUUCCAGCUGUUAUAGUGAUUUCUCUUCUGAAUAUAUUCUUAAAGUGGUAGAGAAGUAUACAACACGUCCCACCUUUAAGGUACUCGAAGUGUUAAGUGUACACCAAAUGACUGCAGAGUAUUCGUAUGAAAGAUUAUUAAGAUCAUGAUAAAAUGUGGUGUAAAGAUGUACAUUCUACUUUAACACAUGUUCUCUUAAUGAUUUCCUGGACUUGAUAUCAUCUGUCACUGUACGAUCACUUCCUUCCUAUGUCACUUCUCACAUACUUGGAAACAUUAAUUAUGUUCUUACAGACCUUUGCAUUGCAGCUGUAAUUAAAGAAUGCUGUCUCGUUACAUUGUCACUGAAGAGCCAAAUCUUAGAUGCAGAAACAGAUGUAUUAUGUGCAGUCCUUUACAGCAAUCACAACAGAAUGGGCCGCCACAAGCCCCAUUUGGCCCUCAAACAGGUUGAACAAUGUUUAAAACGCUUGAAAAACAUGAAUUUGGAAGGUUCAAUUCAAGAUCUCUCUGAGUCAUUUUCUUCUAAUGAAAAUCAGCCUGUAAAUACCAAAGCAUGUGUCAUCCCUAGCCAACCAGUGGUGGAACUGGUGUUGAUGAAGAUUUUGGGAGCCUGCAAGUUGCUACUUCGCUUGUUGGACUGUUGCUGCAAGACAUUUCUCUUGACUGUGAAACAUCUAGGUUUGCAAGAAUUCAUUAUUUUAAACCUUGUGAUGGUUGGGCUGGUAAGCAGGUUAUGGGUUCUCUAUAAAGAUGUUUUAAAAAGGCUGGUUUCUUUAUAUGAGCCAUUGUUUGGAUUACUUCAAGAGGUCUCCAGGAUUCAACCAUUGCCUUACUUCAAAGGUUUUACCUUUCCUUCUGAUAUUGCUGAAUUUUUAGGAGAGCCCUACUUUGAAAUCUUUAAGAAAAAAAUGCCUACAGCUUUUGCAGCUAAAGGAGUAACUAAACUGCUAAAUAAACUAUUUUUAACAAAAGAGCAAUCACAGAGGUCCAGUGAAGAAACAUUACUUAGAAUUUCCAAAAAAGCUAAACAAAUGAAGAUCAAUACUCAGAAUAAUGUGGAUCUUGGACAGCCAGUAAAGAAUAAGAAAAUCUUAAAAGAAAAGUCAUCAGAAUUUGACGUAAGGGCUUUCUGCAAACAGCUGAAACACAGAGCUAUUCAGGCGAACAGUUUUGAGUUUAAAUGUUCUCAAUCCAAACUAAAGGCAACCAAACGUUCUUCUUGGAAAGCAAUAGGAACUCCCUGUGUAAAAAGUCUUGUGCAAAGAUUCCGAGAAACUGACACUUUCCUACAACUUUCUGAAGAGAUCCAAAUGGCAAUUCUGUGGUGUAGGAGCAAAAAACUCAAGGCUCAGACCACCUUUCUGGGUAAUAAACUUCUUAAAAGCAACCGGCUUAAACAUGUGGAAGCUCAAGGCUAUAGUUUGCCAAAGAAACUAGAGUGCAUAAAAACAUCAAUUUGCAACUGCCUUCUUCAAGGCUCAGGUAGCAAAACUUUGAAGAAUCAUCUGAGACGAAGAUCACAGAAUAAAUUUUCAUUGAAACGAAGGAAACCACAGAGAAAGUUGCAGUCGACUCUUUUAAAGGAAACCCAGCAGCCCCCUCAAGGGACUCAGAGCGCUACCGAUAUCAUUAAAGGGAGACUCUCACACCCUACAGUUUGUACAACUGAUCUCUACCCUAACAAUAAGCAAGUGUUGAGUAGAAGAGUUUCAAGUCCUGUCAUACAAACUAAGGAGAAACAAAUUCAUGAAACUCUUAUAGAAAGCAAUGAAAAUGAAACUGAUUCUUGGACAAUGAUGCAAAUAAAUAAACAUAAUACAUCAGGAAUCACCAAGGAGACAGACGACAUUGAUGAUAUUUUUGCUUUAAUGGGAGUUUAGAUGCUCAUAUGUGAGACUUUUAACUGGUUAACCAACUGCUCCAGUGUUCUGUUUUAAGUAGAACAGCUGAGAUCUGGAAAGAUCUGAAAGUACCAUUUGUACUCAGAGGAGCUGCUUAAGUGCAACAUUGUAGAGCAGUUCAUUUUAGUUCAGUAAACGCUUGUCAUAGCUUUGUGUCAUUUAACUGACAAGUAUUUGACUAACAGUCAAUUUUUGACUUAAUUAGGAUCUGAAUAAUUAGGUUUGCAAAACCUACACUGUGCCUUAGUAGCAAGGAAUCACCAAAAAGGUCACUUGAGCCUUAAUGGCUCCAUUGUAGCUAAGUGCUCUUCUGAACACCAAGGUUUGUAACUUUUAACAGUUGUGCCCUCUUCUGUCUGUUAGAAUUAUCAUAGAAGUUUUGCCACUAUUACCAGGGAGUGGUCACAACCAUUAUUUCACUUCAUUUGUUAACCUUACCACACAGGAGGGCAUAUUAAAAUGCUUUUGGAGUUCCACAAAGUUUGUGGGGGCUUUUGUUUAUUUAUUUGGGUGCUAGUGACUGAGUCCAAAUAAAAUUUUUUUCAAAAAGGAUGUAAAGUGACUUGUGGUUAUACACAAAGUAGAAGGAGGCGAGAAAGUUAGAUGAAAAGAUAAAGCUAAGGAGACACAAAAUCAACCAACCCAAUGAGGCUAAAAAUAAAUUCAUAAUUUGGUGCUGAUGUUGUCAUCUGAUUAUUUGUAUGUUGCUCAUACAAUUGCUCUGAGAAGGUAAAUCUUACAUAUUUUCAAAUAAUGAUGUGAAGUUUGAGGUAUCUUUCAAAUGUUCUAGUUUUCUAGAAUUAGGUUAAUAAGCUAUUUGUUCAGCAGGUUAUAGUCUUAAGUUUUCUGUUUAUAUACAGUAAUUUAUAGAAAAAUGAAACAGUGCCCUAGUAUAUACUGCAUCCUUCCUUUCCUCAGCCAUCCUAUCAUUUUUUAGCAUCCUUUUUUUUCUUUAUCUGGCCUUGUUCUUUCCUCAUCUGCUUUCUGUAUAUCUUCCCACUUACCUACAAUACUGUAUCAGAGGUUCUCAAACUGUAGGAUGUUUUGAGAAUCACUUGGUGGGUUAUUUAAAAAUGCAGGUUUUGAGUCCCUUCCAAAGAGAUCGAUAAAUAUGGUUAGGGGAGAGGACCAGAAGCCUGCAUUUUUAUUAAGGGGCUCAGGUGAUUUUGAUGCAAGUAGCCCAAAAUGCAAAGUUAGAUAAAUGCUGGUUUAGCUUCCUUUUCUGAAGCCUUGCUAAAUAUCCUAUUUAAUUCAGAGUUCUUAAUCAAUCUCUAGUCACUUUUUAUUGUUUAUAUUUCUCCUGGUUUCCUACAAGGUGGUAGAGCUACUUAGUGCUUUAAAACAUGGACAAUACCAAGGAAGUCUCAUUCAUGACAAGUCUAGAAAUAGCCACCAGCUUCUAAGAUUUAAGGUCAGGUCUUGCGUCUAUUUUUAUUUGCACAUGCCUCCAGUAGUCGUGUGGAGCUAGUAGGUUUCCCUGGGCUUAGGUCCCUCCCUUUAGUGGCAUUAUUGUCUAAGAAUCAUAAACUUUUACAGCCGGAAGAGACUUUGGAGGUCAUCCUUCGCUGGAAAAAAACAGAGUAGUUCAGUGAAUUGUCUAAGGUAAAACUGGAUUAGACUAUAAGCCUAGCAUUUUUUUCUACUUCAUUAAUGUUCCUUUGGAGUAUGUUUCUUUAUCUCCUCCUCCCAUCUGACCCUUAAAAUUCUGGGAAAAAUGUAAAGAGCUUCAUGUGUCCAUAAAAUGAUAAU